UCCUCCUCGUCGCCGGCGAUCUCUCCUCUCUCUCUCGAUGGCGGCGGACGCGUCCCCCAAGGCGGCGCCGCCGCGCCUCAACGUGCCACCGGCGAUGGCGGGGGGGCUCCGCCUCGACCCCGCCGUCGCGUCCCCCGCCCGCCUCCUCCUCGACGUCCCCAAGACGCCAUCGCCGUCCAAGACCACCUACAGCGACCGCUUCAUCCCCUGCCGCUCCUCCUCCCGCCUCCACAACUUCGCCCUCCUCGACCGGGCCUCCCCCGGCUCCGGCGACGACGCUCCCUACUCCCGCCUCCUCCGCGCCGAGAUCUUCGGCCCGGACUCCCCCUCGCCAGCUCCCUCCUCCCCCAACACCAACCUCUUCCGGUUCAAGACCGACCAUCCCUCACCCAAAUCGCCCUUCGCCGCAGCCGCCGCCACCGCAGGCCAGCUCGACUGCACCGCCGGCUCCGCCGAAUCCUCCACGCCGCGCAAGCCGCCCAGGAAGGUCCCCAAGACCCCGCACAAGGUGCUGGACGCGCCGUCGCUGCAGGACGACUUCUACCUGAAUCUUGUCGACUGGUCGUCUCAGAACAUGCUCGCCGUCGGCCUGGGUAAUUGCGUCUACCUCUGGUCGGCCUCCAAUAGCAAGGUCACCAAGCUCUGCGAUUUGGGGCCGCGGGACAGCGUCUGCGCCGUGCACUGGACGCGAGAAGGCUCCUACCUCGCCAUUGGCACCGGCCUUGGAGAUGUCCAGAUUUGGGACAGCUCUCGCUGUAAACGGAUUAGGAAUAUGGGAGGACAUCAAACACGGACUGGUGUAUUAGCAUGGAGCUCCCGAAUCUUGUCCUCCGGAAGCAGGGACAAGAAUAUAUUGCAGCAUGACAUCCGUGUCCCAAGUGACUAUAUCAGCAAGUUCACAGGGCACAGAUCAGAGGUCUGUGGCCUGAAAUGGUCGCACGACGACCGUGAGCUUGCAUCGGGUGGAAAUGAUAACCAGCUGCUAGUAUGGAACCAACGUUCGCAGCAGCCAGUAUUGAGACUGACAGAACAUACAGCUGCGGUUAAAGCAAUAGCAUGGUCACCACAUCAGCAAGGCCUCCUGGCAUCAGGUGGUGGGACUGCUGAUAGGUGUAUCAGGUUCUGGAACACGGUUAAUGGAAAUAUGCUGAAUUCAGUUGAUACAGGCAGCCAGGUUUGUAAUCUUGCCUGGUGUAAAAAUGUAAAUGAGCUUGUGAGCACUCAUGGGUAUUCCCAAAACCAAAUCAUGGUGUGGAAGUACCCGUCUAUGUCAAAGGUUGCUACCCUAACCGGACACACGCUGCGUGUGCUUUACCUUGCAAUGUCACCUGAUGGACAGACAAUAGUAACAGGAGCCGGGGACGAAACCCUCAGAUUUUGGAAUAUUUUUCCUUCAAUGAAGACUCAGGCUCCAGUUCGUGAUAUUGGACUCUGGUCAUUCUCAAGAAGCCACAUUCGGUGACCAUAACAUGAGUCAAAGAAGAUGCAUAUGUUUGUGUGAAACAUAUUUUUUCUGAACUUGUGCAGUUCUUCAGCGAUUUGUAAAUUGUGGGGCCUAAUCAUUCAUUAAUUGUUUGUGUGCAUGUGUGUGUUGUGAGAGUGUGAGAGAAAAGGAGAAUUCAUUAACAUAAGUUACAUAACUAAUUGUUUGUACUAGAAGCUCAUAAGUCGGCUAGUUUCUUGUUUGGAAUUUCAUUGCAGAGAGAAACAAGGGCCUUGUAAUUUAUCGUAAACUAGUGCUUGUAUUAUUGUCACACACUUUGUAGAACUUUGAUGACUUCAAACUGGAUCAAACCUCUGGGAUUAUGUUUAUGCCUUGAGCAGUUGAGCUGUAAAGAAACAGGAUGCUGCUGC